GUCUAAUAACUCCAUCUGCCCCGUUGAGCUCUAGUUGACUGGGAGAACUCUAGGUUCGACUGGGAAGGUGUCAUCGUUCCUGUAUUUGACGCGAUUGUGUAAGGCACUCGACGCGGUUUUCUCUCCACCCUACUACACCCUCUCUUACGUCGCGGCCCGCGGGACUGUUAGUCAGACUCAGAGGGAAAGCACCUCGCGCGCUUUCUUAGUCGACUCACGAACAGACUCGAUAGAUUCGUAUGCGAUAAGUCGUCCCGCCAGGUGCUCGCUUCUCAGUAAGCGCGAUCCUUUUGAGAUUCCUGAAGACAAAUUUUGCUGUGAGCGAGCCUGCGCGUUUUGAGGCGCCUUAGUUCCCGAGCCAGCGCGUAUUAAAGCCCAAGCCAGCGCGUAUUAAAGCCCGCGUCUCAUAUUUCCUGAAGGCAGCAAAUGUCGGCGGCGCGUACGAGCGUCCACGAGACCGUAAUGCGACGUCUCGACAUAAAGGGGCUACUAACGCUCGCCUUAACUGCGUACUUCUUUUUGCGCUGCGUGCCGCGCUGACACAGACUCCGCGUCGGCCACUCGUAGUACGACACGUGUAAAUAACGGCGGGAGAAGGCUCGCGACGACGGCCGCGAAUGGGGUAACCAGCUUGCAGCCGACGCAGGCGACAUUGUGUAACUUCUCCCGCGGCGGGCAGUGGCUUUCGCGAAACAAGGCUCCCUACGGCGCCGACUGCCCCUUCCUCAAGAAUGUCGGCCCGGUGAACUGCAUUAUCAAGCCCAGGAGCCGACCCCAGAAUUGGCUGAACUACCGUUUUCGGCCCAGGAACUGCGGGCAGCCAUGGUUUUCCUUCAGCCCCCUGGCUUUCCUCGACGAAUGAGAAACAAGGUGUUUGCGUCGGCAGGCGACUCUCUCUCUGUCAGCAACCUUAUGCCGUCCUGCUGUGCCAGUUACACAAAGUCUCUCCGUUACGGAGAUUCUUAAUGACGGCACAUAUGCACGGCAGAGCCGCUCAUAAAGUGUACUAGUCAAAGCAUACAACGUCACCCUAUCAACACGUGGAGCACGUUUCUUAACGAGUACUGGCAAGAUGAGGAGACUGUCAAGCAGUACAAUGGCGGUGCGGACUUAACAGAUGAGGAUUCGGUGGUUAUCUCGAUGGGCUCGAUGCGCAGUGGGCGGUUAUAUCGGGCAGUACGAUGUGCUUAUAUUGCAGACGCAGGCGACUGGCAGGCACCAAGUACAAGUGGCGCCGAUUCUGGGUGAACAGUACGGGGAUCAAAUCUUCAACGAGUCGAGAUUCGUUGCUGCCUUUGAGUAUGGCAUGGCAGCGGUCAGAGAUCUCUCGCCAACCAGAGCGCCGAUAACUUAUUUCAUAUCUGCCCGGCUCGGUUAGAUGGGUGCACGAAGUUGAAGGCACCAAACACAGAUGCUCAGGUUGCAACUUCGAAAGUAACCGCAAUUUGUUGCUGGUUACCAGUUCAGCAGAGGGCAUUCAAAGGCACACGGAUACGGUUGAUUGAUGUGACAUGUCCUCUAUAGGCCAGAUGCAUUCGUUGGGUGGGUGGAGUGAAUAAGGAUUGCUUACAUUGGUGCCUUCCAGGCGUUCCGGAUUGGGGGUCGCUAUGGUCAAUCACUUUUUGACAAUGAGCCUGCGUUGGCUGUGUGAUCUGUAUGUUAUGGAAAUUCAGCCCUUUUUUUUUUUUUUUUUUUAGAUAAGGGGAAAUUUAAAAUCAUUCUGUGCAUUAGAUAUCCAUGUGUUACUUUGUAUGCGAGUCGCACCAAUUCGCCGAACCGAAAGAAGCUUGACUAUCGCAUCCGCGUCAACUUCGUCGGAUGUAGCGAAGCAGGCGAUCUCCUACACGACCCUUUUCUCGAUCGUCAUCGCUCGAGCUCACACCUUUCUAGUCGGCGUCGCUCCAAUUUUGUUAG